AUGGUCGACACCAGCGAUGACGAGUCGACCCUAGGUCUCCCAGGUCACCGCAGCGGGGACUGGCUCACCAUCAUCGUCUUCAUCAGCAUCGCCCUCUACAACGUCGUCGAGCUCAACUUUCUCAUCGCCAGCACCUUUAAGCGCUACACGGGCCUCUACUUUUGGAGUUUCCUCGUCGCGACAUGGGGCGUCGCGUUCAAUGCCGUCGGCUAUCUGGUGCGCAGCCUCCGGGCUGAUCCCUCGGGCUACGCCCAGGCCACCAUCAUCCUCAUCGGGUGGUGCACCAUGGUGACGGGCCAGUCUCUCGUCUUGUACUCGCGCUUGCACAUUGUUCUGCACAGUGCGACGCGCUUGCGCAUGGUCCUCAUCAUGAUCAUCGCAAACGCCAUUUGGCUCGGCGUGCCGGUCAUCGUCCUCGUCUACGGCACCAACUCCAACAACCCUGAGCCAUUCGAGAAGCCCUACUCCAUCUUUGAGAAGCUGCAGCUCACCGUCUUUUGCGUGCAGGAGGUCGUCAUCUCUUGCCUCUACAUAUUUGAGACAGCCAAGCUCCUCAAGCUACAUCGCGGCGUGGCCAACUCAGGGACGAGGCGCGUCAUGGGCCACCUGAUCCUCGUCAACGUCUUCAUCGUGCUCCUCGACAUCAGCAUCCUCAUCCUAGAGUUCACCGAGCACUACAACCUUCAAACUGCGUGGAAAGCGCUUGUUUACAGCGUCAAGCUCAAGGCCGAGUUCACCGUCCUCAAUCGCCUCGUUGAGUUCUCGCAACUACUACUGCGCAACGCGAGCUCCUUGAAUCCAAGCCGCCCCCGCAACACGACCGACAUUGCGCUCGAGCGCUAUGUUCUCAACGCGUCGCGCGCGCCAACCGAGACAGAAUACGAGGUGCAUGUCGGCACGGGGCGGAGAGACAGCGAAAAGGAAAACGCGCAGCCACAGGGCCUAGAGGUGGUCAAGACGACUGCCGUGACGGUCAGUCGCAGUGAAAGGCAGCCCGGAGACGGCUGCUCAUCAGCUGGCCAAGCAUCGGCCGAGGAAGACAUAACCGAAGCGGGCUGCGCCUCGUCGGUAUCUUCGGAGGCGCAUUUAGCAAAGCCUUAG